AUGUUGAGGGCUAAGACUCGGCUUUUUUUGCUUUCACCUCAUCACCUGAGGCAGCUGAAAGGGUCAUCAGGCUCCAGGCUUACCUGGCAACGACUUCUGCAUCAGCAACAGCCCCUUCAUCCAGAAUGGGCUGCCCUGGCUAAAAAGCAGUUGAAAGGCAAAAACCCAGAAGAACUAAUAUGGCACACCCCAGAGGGGAUCUCCAUAAAGCCCUUAUAUUCCAGCCGGGACACCAAGGACUUCCCUGAAGAACUUCCAGGAAUUAAGCCAUUCACACGUGGACCGUAUCCCACCAUGUAUACUUUCAGGCCCUGGACCAUCCGCCAGUAUGCUGGUUUCAGUACUGUGGAAGAGAGCAAUAAGUUCUAUAAGGACAAUAUUAAGGCUGGUCAACAAGGAUUAUCAGUUGCCUUUGAUCUGGCAACUCAUCGUGGCUAUGAUUCAGACAACCCUCGAGUUCGUGGUGAUGUUGGAAUGGCUGGAGUUGCUAUUGACACUGUGGAAGAUACCAAAAUUCUUUUUGAUGGAAUUCCUUUAGAAAAAAUGUCAGUUUCCAUGACCAUGAAUGGAGCAGUUAUUCCAGUUCUUGCAACUUUUAUAGUAACUGGAGAAGAGCAAGGCGUACCUAAAGAGAAACUUACUGGUACAAUCCAAAAUGAUAUACUAAAGGAGUUUAUGGUCAGAAAUACUUAUAUUUUUCCUCCAGAACCAUCCAUGAAAAUUAUUGCUGACAUCUUCCAAUAUACAGCAAAGCACAUGCCAAAAUUCAAUUCAAUUUCAAUUAGUGGAUACCAUAUGCAGGAAGCAGGGGCUGAUGCCAUUCUGGAACUGGCCUAUACUAUAGCAGAUGGGUUGGAGUACUGUAGAACUGGACUCCAAGCUGGCCUGACCAUUGAUGAAUUUGCACCAAGGUUGUCUUUCUUCUGGGGAAUUGGAAUGAACUUUUAUAUGGAAAUAGCAAAAAUGAGAGCUGGGAGAAGACUCUGGGCUCACUUAAUAGAGAAAAUGUUUCAGCCUAAAAACUCUAAAUCCCUUCUCCUAAGAGCACAUUGUCAGACAUCAGGAUGGUCACUUACUGAGCAAGAUCCUUACAAUAACAUCAUUCGUACCACAGUAGAAGCAAUGGCAGCGGUGUUUGGAGGUACUCAGUCUUUGCACACAAAUUCUUUUGAUGAAGCCCUGGGUUUGCCAACUGUGAAAAGUGCUCGAAUUGCCAGGAACACACAAAUCAUUAUUCAAGAAGAAUCUGGGAUUCCCAAAGUGGCUGAUCCUUGGGGCGGUUCAUAUAUGAUGGAAUCUCUCACAAAUGAUAUUUAUGAUGCUGCCUUGAAGCUCAUUAAUGAAAUUGAGGAGAUGGGCGGGAUGGCCAAAGCUGUAGCAGAGGGAAUACCCAAGCUUCGAAUUGAAGAAUGUGCUGCCCGAAGACAAGCUAGAAUAGAUUCUGGUUCUGAAGUAAUUGUUGGAGUAAAUAAGUACCAGUUGGAAAAAGAAGAAUCUGUGGAUGUUUUGGCAAUAGAUAAUACUUUAGUGCGUAAUAAGCAGAUUGAAAAACUUAAGAAGGUCAAAUCCACUAGGGAUCAUGCUUUGGCUGAACGGUGUCUCGAUGCUCUGACUGCAUGUGCUGCCAGUGGAGAUGGGAAUAUUCUCGCUCUUGCUGUAGAUGCAACUCGAGCAAGAUGUACAGUUGGAGAAAUCACAGAUGCCCUGAAAAAGGUAUUUGGUGAACAUAAAGCUAAUGAUCGUAUGGUGAGUGGAGCCUAUCGCCAGGAAUUUGGAGAAAGUAAAGAGAUAUCAUUUGCUAUCAAAAGGGUUGAGAAGUUCAUGGAACGUGAAGGUCGCAGACCUCGUCUUCUUGUGGCAAAAAUGGGACAAGAUGGACAUGACAGAGGAGCAAAAGUUAUUGCUACAGGAUUUGCUGAUCUUGGUUUUGAUGUGGAUAUUGGUCCUCUUUUUCAGACUCCCCGGGAGGUGGCCCAGCAGGCUGUGGAUGCAGAUGUGCACACUGUGGGUGUGAGCACCCUCGCCGCUGGGCACAAGACCCUAGUUCCUGAGCUCAUCAAGGAACUCAACGCCCUUGGACGGCCAGAUAUUCUUGUCAUGUGUGGGGGAGUGAUACCUCCGCAGGAUUAUGAAUUUCUGUUUGAAGUUGGUGUUUCCAAUGUAUUUGGUCCUGGGACUCGAAUUCCAAAGGCUGCCGUUCAGGUGCUUGAUGAUAUUGAGAAGUGUUUGGAAAAGAAGCAACAGUCUAUAUAA